UACCAAUGACCUUGAUAAGUUACGGAUAAUUUCAGCCAAUAAUUUUCUUGGACAUUGAGAAAGUUACGCGUUCGACCUUAAUCCGACUUUCAAGUUAGCUAUACAUUAUCGCGAAUGUUAAUCAUUCAACACUCACCAGUUGAUGCACUAUAGCAAAAAUACUAACUGACUAAGGUGAAAUUCAAUUUGGGGAGCUGAUCUAAAAAUCCGUUAUAACAAAAGUCAAAUUAACAAACCAUGUUCAAUACUGUGACUAAUUCUUCCAGAAAAUGUAUGGAAUCAUUGUACCGAACCAGAGUUUUGAAAACACUAACUAAUUCAAAUGUUAUCAGCUAUCGAACUCAAAUGAGUUUUAGUUCAGUGGCAGACAAGGAAGAGUCUUCAACUUUCCUACCUACAAGUAACCAACUCCUGAAAGAUACAGAUCCAGAAAUGUGGGAGCUUAUAAAUGCAGAAAAACAACGUCAAAUGUCAUAUCUGGAAUUGGUUGCUUCUGAGAAUUUCACAAGUCGUGCUGUUUUGGAAUGCAGUGGAAGCUGUUUGACUAAUAAAUAUGCUGAAGGUUAUCCCAAUCAACGUCUACCAAGAGGUGUUUCUGUGAUCGACAAAAUUGAACAAUUGACACAGAAAAGACUAUUGGAGUUAUUCAAAUUGAAACCAAUUAAUAAAUCACUUGAUGAAGCUGACUGGGGUGUGAACGUUCAGGUAUUCAGUGGAUCACCUGCUAAUAUGGCAGUAUAUACAGCGUUAUUAAAACCAAAUGAUCGUAUAAUGGGACUUCGAUACAUAGAUGGAGGUCAUCCAACACAUGGCUUCUUCAACAAUCAUAAAAACCUAAGUGCGGCAUCAAUUUACUUUAAUACUAUACCGUAUUCACUAAAUCCUGAGACGGAGUACAUUGAUUAUGACAUGUUGGAGCGUGAUGCUAAGCUAAUUAAUCCGAAAUUAAUGAUUGCUGGAAUAUGUACUUAUCCAAGAUUAUUGGAUUAUGAAAAGUUCCGAAAAAUAUGUGAUUCUGUUGGAGCUAUACUCUUAGCAGAUAUGGCGCAUAUUUCUGGUUUAGUCGCCGCUGAAACACUUCCAUCACCAUUCAUGCAUGCUGAUGUUGUGAGUUCAACGACGCAUAAGACAUUACGUGGUCCGAGGUCUGGUUUAAUAUUCUAUCGUCGUAAACCACGUUCAACUAAACAACACCAAUGUGCAUAUCAAACUAUACCAGUUGAAGAAUAUGAAAAGCGUAUCAAUGAAGCUGUAUUCCCAGGUUUACAAAGUGGUCCACAUGAAAAUACAAUUGCAGGUGUUGGUUCAAUGGCUAAAGAGGCAGCUACAGAUAACUUUCGGCGUUAUGCUCAACAAGUUCUGAGUAAUUCACAGACACUUGCACAAUGUUUACUAUCUAAAGGCAUUGCUUUGGUCACUGGUGGGACAGAUAUUCACUUCGUUGUUGUGGAUUUAAGUAAAUCACCAAGUCAGCGGGGAUUGGGUCGCGGUGAUGCUUCACUGGUACAAAUUAUAGCUGAUAUGGUAGGCAUAUCACUUAGUGCUGUGUGUGUACCAUCAGAUGAAAAUAUUAGUCGACCAUCUGGUUUGAGAAUAGGCACGCCAGCUCUGACAUCACGAGGUUUCUUAAACAAAGACUUUGAAAAUGUCGCCAAUUUAAUUGAAGAAGUUUUGAAACUUACAUCUGAUGCGAAGAGAGUCACGGGUGAGUUAAUAAUCUUCAUGAAUAAUACAUGUGAAUAAUUCUAAUGAGAAUACCUGUUUGGCUCACCACUGUUUUCAAUCCUCACCUGAGUUGUAAACGAUAAGGAUCAGGUUGUGUUUGCUUUACUCGUCUACGAAUCGAUUCACUCAGUUGUUAUAAUGAAGACGUGAACACUGUCUCACCCAGUUCGAAUUCAAAGGGACAUAAUUCUCGAAUGCUAACAGUUCCAUACACAUAAUACCAUCGACAUUCAGUGUUAUGGACAACAUGUUACAGACUUGUUGUUGGAUGCAAUUACUGGUUGGCGAUAAAUGACCACGAGUGGGGCUAUAAUAUCUGACUGGUGCUUCUUGAUUUUCUACGGUUGUCUAAAUGAUUCCAAUCCAUGAUAAAUAUUAAGUUUAUAAACGUUAGCUUACAUCUAUUUAAAACCCUAACCGCGAAUAAGUCAUGUUGUUUUGACAAUAGUAUUCUCAAUAACAUGCGACAUAAAAACGAUAAACACCCCCUGUACUAGCAAUAAUAAUUCCUAGUUCUUUGAUUUUCA